AUGGAAACAAUUUUAUCUAAUCAUAAUCACUCAACAGCUGGUAUUUUUAAAAUUCAACCAAUAACAGGACAAUUUCGUCGAUUUGAAAAUGAUUUUUCUUCCAUUGAAAAUAUUAAUACUCAUGCUAUACAAUCACAACGUUGUCGAUUACAAUUUCGUUUACCAAAUCAUAUACAAACACAUUUCUCAUUUGAUAAUAAUAAAACAAAUAUCGGAUUUGCUAUGAAUAAAUUUGGUUUACAACGUUUAUGUUUUGAAUUAAUUAAUAAUACAACUAAACAACAACAACAACAACGAAUACAUAUUUUACCAAUAAUGACAGAAAUUGAUAAAACACAAAUCAAAAAGAAAACAAUCAACUUAUCAUCUCCAUCAACAAUAAAUUUACCUAUAAACAUUCCACCGGCUAGUACUACAACUAAUUCUUCAAUUGUUCCAAUAUUAUCUAGUCCAUCAUCAAGUAGUAUAUUUAAUGGUUCAAUUGAUCAUGUUUAG